UCUGAGGAAGACCGGAAGAAUGUUCUCAGGCUGCAGGAUUUGGUGGACAAGCUGCAAAUGAAGGUGAAGUCCUACAAGAGACAGGCUGAGGAGGCUGAGGAGCUCUCCAAUGUCAACCUCUCCAAGUUCCGCAAGAUCCAGCACGAGCUGGAGGAAGCCGAGGAACGGGCUGACAUUGCAGAGUCACAGGUCAACAAGCUCCGAGCCAAGAGUCGGGAGUUUCAUGGGAAGAAGGCAGAAGAGGAAUGAGGUUCCCAAAGCUAAAAAGUGACUUGAGGCAUGCAUAAAAUGUAAACCUCUGUGUUGCUUUCUUCUGUAAUUAUCAUUUAUGUGUAGUUAAUAAAUACAGUAGAGACCUUUGCAUA